GGUCAAUUAUGUGAUUACCUAAUUUCUAGACUCAAGUAGCUGGCGCUUUUGCGUUCACCUUCUCCUCCACCAUCCUCCCAUUGGCCUCCUGCACAAAUCGCGCCGUUGCGCGGCGCACUCAGAAGAAGACUACACGACCCGCAAGGGAUUCUGUCGCUCGUCAUGGGCUUUACUACCGGCUUUACCGGAGGCGUCGCCAUCACCCUCUCGGUGGCCUACCUCACCGUCUGGUCGCACCAGCAGAACCGCGUGCGCCAGGCCGCCGUCCUGCGCCAGCAGACCUACGCGCUGUCCGCCCUCGUCGACCCGCUGCCGCCCGCCCUCCCGCCGACGCGCGCCGAGCUCGCCGCCGCCGAACGCGCCCACUUCGUCGAGCGCGCCAAGGACCGCUGGAACGCUGAGCUCGAGGGCGCCGUCCGCUGGGCCCAGGAGAAGGACUGGGAUGAGGUGCGCGAGGACGUCGAGGCCGCCGCCGCGAGACUCUGGGCGAGGGCCUUCGCCGACGCCGACGGCGGCGUCGCGGCGCCCGGGGACAAGCUGGCCGAGGGCAAGACCGUCGCGGCGGAGAAGGGGUCGGGCGUGGCCCCUGCCGCUAAGAGCAGCUACGCGGAGGCGAAAACGGGGCCUUCCGAAGCUGAGACCGCUAACGGCUCGGUUUGGGCCUCUAUCGGGGCCGGGUUUGCGAGUGCUGCGGGCGCCGCCGGUAGGAUAGUCGGCAUAGCGGGAAAAGACGCCAAGCAGAAAGCGUAGCAGACGACCGAGGACUUAACCACCUCUUUCCAUAGAAAAACAAUACCCCUCGAUCAACAGCGAGGGCUCGGCUGGGCCUAACAAGAGUACAGGUGAGGCGUUGGUUGUGGGAUACGCCCCCGACGGAGAGGUAGACCGGUACCAUGCACAAUUGGCUAGCUAAACUCCCUUAGGG